AUGCAGAUCACGUGCGUCGGCACUGGGGACGACGGCACUACGCCGUGCGCGCUGCGGCUGAGCGCCGAGCGCCGGCUCAAGCUGCACCGAGACCUCGACGCAGUCCUCCUCUCCUCGCUCGACGCCGCUGCGGUCGCCGGGCUGCCAGGCCUGCUGCUCAGCCUGGCGCACGCUGGUGUGAGGCGGCUCGUCGUCUUUGGUCCGGACGGCGUCCAGGCCUAUGUGGCCUCACUGAGCCUCUUUGCGCGCCUCGAGCCGCUGGUGGUGGAGGCGAACCGGGCGACUGCGGUCGCGAUCGACGGCGGCCUGGCGCUCACGUGGCACGCGGGCGGCGGUGUCGAACUGCGGCUCUGCUCCCUGCCUCUCGACGGGUGGCUCGCUGACGUUCCCACCGACACCGAAUCGGUGCCGGCUGCGAAACGUCGCCGCGUCGGCAGCGCCGCCGAGCGCGGCAGCGGCAGCGAGGGCGACGGCGGCCGUGGUGGUAAUAGUGGCAGCAGCAGCAGCAGCAGCAGCAGCAGCAGCAGCAGCAGCAGCAGCAGCAGUGGGGACAGCGACGGGGGCAGCAGCGCUGGUGGAAAAGCAAUGAGCAACGAGGCCUCGGGUGGCGCCGAAGGCGGCGGCCGCGACGACGACGGCGGCGACAGCGACGAGGGGAGCGACAGCAGCAGCAGCGACGACAGCAGCAGCACCAGCGACGAUGGCGACAGCAGCGGCGAUGGCGGCGGCGGCGGCGGCGACGAGAAGGGAGCUGUCGACGAGGCGGCGGUCUUCGAGAUGCUCGUGCAGCACGGCGGCGGCGGACUCUCGGCGCUGCUGCCGGACUCGGCCCUCGCCGCGGGACGGCUCGCGGCAGUGACGCGCCUCGCCUUCCUCAUCGACGGGUGUGUCUUGCUGCGGGCGGACGCCCUUCCCCCAGCCGACGGGCCAUCGCUUUUGGCCGGUGCGGGCGCCACCCUCCUCAUCCACGAGGCCACCUUCAGCGCCGAGCAGUCCGCCAUGGCGCUCCGCAAGCGGCACAGCUCCACCUCCGAGGCGCUCGGCGUCGCCGCCGCGAUGGGCGCCUACCGCACCGUCCUGACGCACCUGUCUGCGCGGUACGAGAGCGAGGCGACGACCCUCCUCGCUAGGCGACACCGAACCCACACUGGGUUCGAGACUCUGGAGGUAUGGUACCAGGCGUCGGCAGCGUGGGCAAGCAGCUCGUCCAUCGUCGCCUACGACGGCCUCACCCUCAACCUGGCGGACCUGCCGCGGUGCACUGCCGCCGCGCCGCCCAUCGAGCGCUUCUUCAAGGCCGUCGCCGCCCGAGAGGCGACGGCGGCCGCCGCGGAGAGCGCGAGGCUGGCGGCGAGGUCCGUCUCGAUCGAGACGUCGCUCGAGGUGCAGAGGGCCAGGGCGGCGGCAGAGGCGGCGGGUGGACGCGCGCGGGCGGUCGGCGAGGCGGAGGUGGCUGGCGCGGGAGGGCCGGCGCGGGCCGCAGCGGAGGCGGAGGCGGAGGAGGGCGCGAUGGAGGCGGAGCAGGAGCCGGAGCCCGAGGCGGCGGCGGAGGCGGGGUCGGAGGCGGCGGCGGCGGGGCAGCCGAGGCGGCCACUGAAGCAUCGUCGCACCUCCGCUGCGCAGGGCGCGGCGCAGCUGGUGGCGGACGUCGAGGCGCUGGCGAGGGAGGGCGCCGACCGCGACUCGGCUGUGCGGAGCUGCGCCGCCACGCUCGACUGCAGCUUGCCCGCCCACCGCCCAGGGUUCACGGCUGGCGAGGCAAUGCAGACCGAGGACGACGACGAGGACGCCGACCGCUCCGAGGAGUAUUCCGACGACGACGGGAGGGCGUCCGACUUGUAG